GACUGUCUGUUCUUUGUCUGUACGUACCAGUUGUGGAUUGACUCGCAGUUAUAUUUGUAAUUUCAGUCGCCGAGAAAUUCAGGAAACAUGUAUCGGCUCUUUGUGACGAUGACGGUAAUCACGGUAAUCAACUUCGCGUCAAUCAACGCGAAGUUGCAUAGAAUUCCGUUACACAAGACAUACUCUGUUGAAAAAUUUUCGACGAAAACUAUGAUACGACUCCGUUCGGGUACGGCAACCGUACCUCUAAUUAAUUACAUAAAUCUUCAAUACUAUGGUGUUAUUGAAAUUGGAACUCCACCGCAGACAUUUAAAAUACUUUUCGACACUGGUUCCUCAGAUCUCUGGGUACCAUCCAAAAACUGCAACGUCAGCCAACCUGCUUGCUGGAAACAUAAUAAAUAUGAUAAUACACAGUCCACCACAUACGUGCCAGAAGGAGUUACGUUUAAUGUUUCUUACCACAAUGGAAUUUGGAAAGGUGUUAAACUGUACGGGAACUUAUCUAAUGAUAACGUAACGAUUGGUGACCUUGGGGUUACAUCACAGAUAUUCGGAGAAGUGCUCAAUUUCUCGGAAGGUUUUUUGCCCUGGGCAAAAUGCGACGGCAUUCUGGGGAUGGGUUAUCGCGCCUUAUCUGCCUUUAAACAGAAUUCUGUCUUCCAAAACAUGAUUGAUCAACACGUGGUGUCCCGACCAAUUUUUAGCUUCUAUCUAAAUCGAAAUCUAACAGACGUGAUCAGCAGUGAACUGAUAUUGGGUGGCACCGAUUCUUCCCAUUACGAGGGCGAGUUUACGUAUUUCAAUGUUACUAAAAAAAAAUACUGGCAAAUUACCAUGGAUAAGUUUCAAAUAAAAAAUUACACCACUUGCUCGGAAGGCUGUCAAGCUAUCGUCGACACGGGCUAUCCGCAUAUAGCUGGACCACCGCUGGCUAUCGAAGUUAUUUACAGAGAAAUCGGUGUUAUUAAUGAUACGGUAAACUGUGACGAUGAUUAUAUUUCUAAUUUGCCCGAUAUCAAUUUCGUCAUAGGUGGUAAGACGUUUCGACUCACUGGUCAAGAUUAUAUCUUGAAGCUCGGUGAUAAAUGCAUUCCCGGCUUUCAAGCUGAACCUCCGUUUGAUGGUAUAGAAUGGAUUUUGGGCGAUGUAUUUAUUGGUCGGUACUACACCGUAUUUGACAUGGAAAACGACCGAGUGGGAUUUGCUAUUGCAAAAAAUUAAAUCUUGAUUGUCUUCUCAUGAAAUUAUCAUUAAAUAUUAGGAACUAAACAAAUAAGUCGUAGUUUUUGUAGAAUAUUGACUGACAUAUGUUCUGUAAUUUUAUUUGGACUAUUUAUAUGGUAUUAUAUUUUUAAAUUAAUACGUAUGUGAGAAUUAGAAGAAAGAUAUGCGAUAUUUAUUCUGCCAACGAUUUAGUACAUCUUGUUCU